CCGCGACAGCCGCCGUCAUCGUAAUGGUAAUAUGUCGAAGGCUAAUUAUCGGAUAAAUCAAAUUUUAUUUCAAACCGUAUUGUAAAUAGAUUAGAUAGUUGUUCUCCCACGUUUAAUAAAUGCGUUAAACGAAGAAGCUCUGUUUACCAAAAAGAAAGUGGUGCCUCACAAAAUUGUCAAUAAUGAUGGACGGAAAUGAUUUAGCUUCAGAAACAACCAGAAGAGGAAUUAUUUCUCAAGCAUGGACGCGUAUUUCUCAGAUCUAUCAAGGAACCCUAGACAAGUGGACACCUCACACCAAAGGAAGAUGGAUAGGAUGUAUACUUCUUCUAGUUGCCUUUAUUAUACGAGUAGUCACAAAACAGGGGUGGUACAUUGUGACUUAUGCCCUAGGAAUUUACCACUUAAAUUUAUUUAUUGCAUUCCUUACUCCAAAAAUAGAUCCAGCUAUGGAUUUUGAUGCUGAUGAUGAUAAUGGCCCUGCCCUCCCGACACGUGCCACGGAGGAAUUCAGACCAUUCAUACGGAGACUGCCAGAAUUUAAAUUUUGGCUUUCUGUCACCAAGAGCACAAUUAUUGGCUUCAUCUGUACAUUCAUUGAUGCCUUUAAUAUACCAGUAUUCUGGCCUAUACUAGUUAUGUAUUUUAUAACCUUAUUUUGUAUUACUAUGAAGAGACAAAUUAAGCACAUGAUCAAGUACAGAUAUCUACCAUUCACUCACAGCAAACCGAAGUACAAAACUGUCGAGUCAACGGUGACCGUCAACUGACGUCUGCACUCGUCUCAAUCAUUCUAAGCAGCGCCGAGAGUCAAAGUAACUUAAAACAAAACUGUUGUAUGCAAAUGUUUCUAGAAAAUACACUUUUAUUGUAAUGUU